AUGGGGAGAAUCUCUUUCACAGACGAAAAUGGAAUGAAGAAAGGUGCUUGGAGCGAAGAAGAAGAUAACAAGCUAAGAGCUUAUGUCCAAAGAUAUGGUCAUUGGAAUUGGAGGCAGCUGCCCAAGUUUGCUGGUGUAGCAAGAUGCGGGAAGAGUUGCAGGCUGCGGUGGAUGAAUUACCUAAGGCCAGGCUUGAAACGUGGGAAGUAUACCAAAGAAGAAGAAGAUCUUAUACGAGAAUGGCAUGACAAGCUCGGGAAUAAAUGGUCAGCCAUUGCAGCAAAAUUACCAGGGAGAACUGACAAUGAAAUAAAAAAUUAUUGGCAUACACAACUCAAGAAACGCAUGAAAAAAAUCCCACCAACAAAGAAUCCUGCAGGAAUGCCUACUGAAGACAGCUGCAAAUCUGAAGCAAAUCAGGAAGGCCAGCCUGAUAUUUCUCAUCAAGAAGAGUUGCCUCAAGAAAAUGUUGGUCCAGAAGCUUCAGUUUUACAAAGCUCAGAGAGAAUUGAAACAUCCAUAACUCAAUCUUCGAGCGAGAUGUCAAGCUCAAAUUCCAAUUGGGUACCAGAAGAUGGUAUUUCCUCAUGGGAUCAAUCAUUUGCAGAAGUAGAAAGUUUCUGGAGUGAGCCGUUUGUCCUGGACACGUCUUAUAACCAAAAUAACUGCGAUUUGUCGCCAUUAUUUGGGGAUCAGGAAGGAGUUUUUGCUUCGUACUCCUCAUGCUUGGAUGAUAACAAUGAUUUCCUUUACCAAUGGAUUGAAGAUCAUCCAUAG